AUGUUUUACGUUGCUGGGAGUAGUGGUUUUCCGCAGGGUGUGGUGGCACCAGCGGUUACAGCGGCAUCGCCACCAUGGUGGUCUGUUGUUGUCUGGUUGGUGUGCCUCCAGCUCCCCCAGCUGAACCCGGUCCAGGCCACCAUCUGCCUGUCUCAGAACUCCUCCCAGGUGGCCGGAUGCCUCUGCGCCUCGGACAUCCUCAGCUGCACCGACGCCGGUCUGGAUCAGGUGCCCAGAGAGAUGCCCGCCUACGCCGUCACUUUGGAUCUAAGCCACAACCGGAUCGAGAAGCUGGAGGGGGGCAGCUUCGAAGGACUUAACCGACUGGAGACGUUACGGAUAGCGCAAAACCGGCUGACCAUUAUUCAGGUCGGGGCAUUUCGAAACGCUUCCGGGACUCUUCUCCGACACCUGGACCUGUCGUCCAAUCAGCUUCGUGUUCUGGAGCAGCAUUUUUUCCUGGAUCUGCUUGGAUUAAAGGAGCUGCUGCUCUACAACAACCGUAUCGUCCAAGUGGAGAGCAGAGCCCUGGCUGGACUGGGCAGCCUCCACAAGGCCUACCUCAGUCAUAAUCGCAACGACUUCCCUUUCUUUUCCAUCCAAGAGCACAGCCACCCUCACCUGUCCAUGCUGGACCUGUCCUCAAACCGCCUGUCCAAACUACCCCUGGAGGACAUUACAAACUUACCCAUCUCAAUGCAGAGAGGACUCUACCUACACAACAACUCCCUGGUGUGUGAGUGCUCAAUGUACGGACUGUUCCGACACUGGGACCAGAAAGGAUUUGCCUCGGUGAGGGACUUCAGACAGGAGCACACAUGUAUGGUCUACGGCAUACAGAGGGGAACUGUGCGCUUCUUCCAGCACGGCCGCUACUUUGAAAAAUGCAACACGACCGCGAUGAGUCAGGGGCUGAAAGUGCAGGAGAGCAGUGUUUCGGUGAAGGUGGGAAAGCCGUUGCUUUUGCACUGUGAGACCACUCUCACCGGACGGCAUGUGACCUUUCUCUGGGUGUCACCCAAUCAGGAGUACGUUGCUCCGCCAGGAAACAACGGCUCGUUAAAGAUGUACGCCAACGGCAGCUUGGAGAUCGUGGCAACUCGUGCGGAGGACUCUGGUAUCUACUGGUGCAUGUCUCUGGACCAGCAGCGCAAUGAGACGCAGGAGGUCAACGUGACCGUGGUGCUGCCACACGACGAGCCUCACGAGCCGUUCAACACCGGAUACACCACCCUGCUGGGCUGCGUGGUGAGCCUGGUGCUGGUCCUCAUGUACCUCUACCUGACGCCCUGCCGCUGUCCUCCCUGCUGCAAAGCCCCGACCCCGGCGACCCCGAGCCAAGGGAACGAGGCCGGAGCAGGGAGCGCCCAAUCCUCCAUCCUCACCCCAACCCCGCCGGCGUCCACGGAGGGCCCGGGCCGCAAGGUCAGUACCAACAAGCAUGUGGUCUUUCUGGAGCCAAUCAGAGAGCAGCAGAACGGCAGACCCAGGGCAGGGCCGGGAGGACACUUGGGUCCAGGUUUACUACUAGGGGCAGAGCAGCACUCAAAGCUCCACAACCAGUCGCAGCAGAGGGCGGGGGAGACAGACAUGUCCAUGUUCCCAGUCACUCCGAUCACAAUGCCAUAGCAACGGGAAAAACAGAGAGAGUGAGAGGGAGACAGACAGACAGUAUAAUCACCUCUCACUCACUUACCUCUCUGCUUCUCCAAUACCUCUUCACCACCUCCCACUGCCCCAAGAACCAGACCACCUCCCACUGCCCCAAGAACCAGACAACCUUCCCUUGACCCUAGAACUAGACCACCUCCCACUGCCCCUAGAACUGGAACACCUCCCACUUACCUGACCACUGGAUCACCUCCCACCUGCCUUGCACCAGACCACCUCCCAUUGGCCCUUGCACCAGACCACCUCCCAUUGGCCCUUGCACCAGUCCACCUCCCAUUGACCCUUGCACCAGACCACCUCCCACUGGCCCUUUCACCGGAUCACCUCCCACUGCGCCUUUGCACCGGACUACCUCCAUCUGCCCCCAGAACUUGACCACCUCCCACUGCCCUCAGCACUGGACCAACUCCCACUGCCCCCAGCACAAAACCUGAGCAAACCAGUAAUCCCAUACUGACUUUCAAAAUUGUAUCUUUUCUUUGCAACAGCCUGAUAAA